UGCUAUUGGCUGAGAAAAAAGCCUUGCAAUUUUCCUUCGAAACAUGGGUCCUUAAUAUCCCAUAGAACUGCUUAACUCCUACACCUCUACAUUUUAUAUAUGUAUCUACAUCUGGUUAUGACUGAUCCACACAUAUAUAUUAUUACUUCAGCUGAUUAAUUUGCAUCACACAGAAGAGAUGUUGUGUUAGCCUGAAAAAGUGGCAGUCCCAUCAUGAACUGAUUUAUUAAAAUCUCUUGAUUUUAGUAAACUAACCAGGAUACAAAAUGAAGUGUGAUCUGUGCUGUUACAUGGGAUUGCUUGAAAUAACAUAUCUGGAUCACAAAGUGUCUUGGGAGGGACCUGAGGGCUGUACGUGUUGAAUUUCCUUAGAACCUAACUGGCAUUUAUCAGUGCAGAAUUUGGAAAAAGUAACAAAACUAUCUCUUUAAGUAAAUAGUAAUUUGCUAAGAACUUUGUGUGUCCCUGCAUGGUGGGGAUCAGACUGGAUGGUCCUCAUGGUUUCUUCCAAGUAUGAUUUCUAUGACUUUCCCAAGGCCAUCCUGUGGCUUUCCAUGGCUAAACGCAUUCAAACCCUGGAUUUCCAAGUAGUCCAGCACUCCAGCCACUACACAAUGCUGGAUGUCUUUUACCUUGGUAUGUACUGGCAAGGCAAGGAAGAACAAAAAGCAAAAGUAUUUUUGUGCAGUGUGUGUGAGGGGAGGAAGAGUAAGUGAGUGACAAUGCAAGCGGCAUGAAAGCUAGACCAAAUUCUGGAAAAUCUCUGCAUCCUUCGUUGUCCCCAUCAAACUUAAUAUUAUGGAUAAUUGGAUCAUUUAGUCUAAGAUUACAGUGUAGUGGUCUAGGUACUGGACUAUGGCUCUGGAAACCAGGCUUCAAAUCCCUAUUCUGCCAUGACACGUUUGGCAAGUCACACUCUCCACCUCAGACAAAGGUAAGAGUUACCCUCUUCUGAAUUAUGCUUGCCAAGAAAACACUGGAUGGGGACACCAUAGGUUAGCACAGCGUUUUUCAACCUGGGGGUCGGGACCCGUGGGUGGGUCACGAAGGGGCUUCAGAGGGGUUGCCAAAGACCAUCAGAAAAUAUUUCUGAUGCUCUUAGGCAACCCCUUCGGCAGAGAAGGCUGAAGAUCUCUCUGCCUGCCCUUUGGCCCUAUUCUAUCAUUGGUGGGGUUCAAGGGGCUCUUUUAUUGUGGGUAAACUGCAAAUCCCACCAACUACAACUCCCAAAUGUCAAAGUCUAUUUUCCCCAAACUCCACCAGUGUUCACAUUUGGGCAUAUUGAUUAUUCAUGCCAAGUUUGGCCCAGAUUCAUCAUUGUUUGAGUCCACAGUGCUCUCUAGAUUUAGAACUACAACUCCCAAACUCAAAGUGAAUACCCACCAAGUAUUUUCUGUUGGUCAUGGGAGUUCUGUGUGCCAAGUUUGGUUCAAUUCCAUUAUUGGUGGAGUUCAGAAUGCUCUUUGAUUGUAGGUGAACUAUAAAUCCCAACAACUACAGCUCCCAAAUGACAAAAUCCCCCACCCAAUCCCACCAGUAUUCAAAUUUGGGCGUAUUGGGUAUUUGUGCCAAAUUUGGUCCAGUGAAUGAAAAUACAUCCUGCAUAUCAGAAAUGUACAAUCCUUAACAGUAUGAAAAUUACAGUUAUGAAGCAGCAACGAAAAUAAUUUUAUGGUUAUGGGUUACCGCAACAUGAGGAACUGUAUUAAGCGGUUGUGGCACUAGGAAGGUUGAGAACCACUGGGUUAUCACAUAGUGACAAGUCUACGGGUGCAUCUACUGUAGAAUGAAUGUAGUUUGACCCCACUUUGGGGUGAAAUGCAAGGGAAUCCUGGGUGGUAUCAGCAAUCUUCAGCAGAGAAGAAAGGUUGGAAAACUGCAAUGAUUCCAUAACAUUGAACUAUGAUAGUUGAAGCAGUGUCAACCUGUAAUCUAAUGGGUUUGGAGAAGGGUACAUUUAAAUCUCCUUGCAAAGAAACGUUCCACUUACACCCCCACCACCCUUUUGGCUUGGCUGGUUGCUUGGGAAGAGGCAAAACUCUUGUCUCAGGACCAUAGCUUGUAUUUGUGUACUUCUGUGGGUGGAUAAGAGGGUGGAUGACAAGGAAGGGCUGCUUGUCUGGAGCCAUAAAACUCGCGGAGAGAAAGAAAGGGCUGAAAGAAGGAGCCCUCCCUUAUUUCGCUUUCACUUUCAGGGGAGGCGACGGAGCAAGAGGAGAAAGAAGUGAUACAUCCUAACUGGGAGCUAAGAUGUCCGAUAGCGUCCGCUGCAAGCUGUUUCACUAUAUUGAAGAUCUGCGAGAUGUGGAAAUGAAGACAUUUAAGAUGCACCUUGAAGAAUACCCAGUCGAGGAGGGCUUCAAGCCCAUUCGGCACAGUAAGACCGAGAAGGCAGACGCCACUGAGCUGUCACGUCUCAUGGUCACGACAUUUGAUGAGGACAAGGCAGUCGAGGUGGCCGCCAACAUCUUUGACCGAAUAAACAGGAAGGAUCUGUCGGCAAAAGUUAGAAACGAGAUGCCAUCAUAUUUUCGUCAAGUUAAAAAACCUUUGACCAAGGAGGAAAAAAGGAAGAAGGAUGAAAAAAUACAAGCAAAUCUUGUUGACAGGUUUUGUGGGACUCAGAAGAAAGUGGAGAUUGUGUUGGAUCCUAAGACUGCCUACCCUGCCCUCGUCCUUUCUGAAGAUCGGAAAAGUGUGCAUAUGGGCACCCAUGCCCAGUCUCUUCCUGACAACCCUGAGCGCUUCAAUUUUUCUCCGUGUGUCCUGGGAGCCGAAGGAAUUGACUCUGGGACUGUGGAAUGGAUGGUGGAAGUGGGCAAGGCCAAGGGAUGGGCCAUUGGUGUUGCCCGGAAAUCAGCAGAGAGAAAGUGGCAGCCGUACGUCACUGCUACCAAAGGCUAUUGGGUGCUGAACUUGAACGGGGGAGAAUAUGCAGCUUCCACCACGCCUUCCACCAUUCUAAUACUGUGGAAAUCUCCAAAAAGGAUCAAGGUACACCUGGAGUAUGAUUUUGACAUUCUUUCCUUUUAUGAUGGUGACUCCAUGGAGCAUCUCUUCACCUUCAACUAUCCUUUCUCCGAGGCUGUGUUUCCUUUUUUCCAGGUCUGGGACAAAGAGAUCCCCCUGAAAAUCUGUCCUUGUGAUUCAUAGGGGCUCAUUCUCAAGAUAUGCACUGCAGUCUUAUACACACCCUGCUUAGUUUGGGGUUGCUCUAAUUAAAGUUCAGGGAACAUACUUCCGAGUAAUCAUAGGACCACAUAGUAAUCCUAUGGCUUGAUCUCUUGUUUCAUUUUGGAUUAUCUGAUAAUAUCUCAUCACGUCAUUCCAAAGAGGUUUACCAUACCUCCUUCUGCACAGUACUAACAAGUGUUAGUUAAGGUGCCACUGCCAUAGUCUAUGAGAGAUCCGGCCCUAAUGUCAUUCCCUACUAUCACUGUUGCCUGUAGCUGUUUAGCACAUUUCGUCUGACUCCUCCACAAAACCUGUCUGACAUGGGAGACAUUGCCAGCAGCACAUCCUCUUACAGAAGCAUGCAAUCCCACCAACACUGAAAGGUGUCAGUGGGAUCCCCAAUUCUGAUUUACCAGGCAUCAGCCACUGUGAGUGACAGUCUGCAAUGCUGUUGAUUAGGGCAGAGCAGACUUAUGUUUACAUACACAUCCUAUAUGUGAUCUCAGUUGAAUAGGAAUUGUGAUGGAUUGUAUUCCUGUUUGAUGAGAGACUCUGAGAAUAGAAAUAUCAAUAUACUACAUCCCAAAGGUUAGGAGACAGACUCCGAUCACUCACAGUUGUGAGUGUCUAGUAAGUCAGGGAAGAGGUAGAGCCAAGAAAUUCUACUUUUGAUUGCAUCUACACUGCGUAAAUUAAUGCAGUUUGUGAAAAAAUCAUUAAAAUGAGUUAAAAUCAGUCUAACCCUAAACUUUUACAAUACUUCAUACUCUCCCGUGAAUAGGUAAUAAAGAUUUAUACCUCUGUUAUGAAUUAUGUAAAGUGUAUAUUACAAUAAAUAGUUCUUUUUCUGCUA